AGGUUCUGUCUACACGAUGGGCUGCGGUGAACAGGGCCAACUAGGCCGCUUGGCGCAGCGCUCCGCGUCACGAGACGCGCGCCAGGGAUUUAGUGCGCUGUUAGUGCCCAUGAAAGUGACACUCAAGGGCGGCGCCCGGCGCGUGUGGGCGGGCUACCACGCCACCUUUGCGUUAGACGCCAACGACAAAGUCUUCGCGUGGGGACUCAACAACUACGGACAGCUGGGUAUAACGGGCGAAAAGCGCAAAGUGGCGCUAUACUCGCCGACGGAAUGCGACGCGUUCAGCUGCGUGCAAGCGGGCUGGCGCGCGGUGGCGUGCGGACAACACCACUCGCUGGCGCUCGACGCGGCCGGGCUAGUGUACGCGGUCGGCAGGCAGGAGUACGGCAGGUUAGGGCUGGGUGACAGGGAAGGCGACGCCGAGGCCUUGGAGCCAAUUCCAAAGCUGCAGAACAAGAAGUGCAUUAGCAUAGCGGCCGGCACCUGCAACUCCUUUGCCGUCGCUGACUCCGGCGAAGUAUUCGCGUGGGGCAUGGGCAGCGAAGGCCAACUAGGCACCGGCAACUGCAACGACGCCGCAGAGCCCGCGCUCGCGCCGCUCGCCGCUCCUGCAGCGCCGCUGCGUGUCUGCGCCGGCGGGCAGCACACCGUGCUGUUAUUGGAGGAGCCACAGUCGCAAAAAGAGGAGUCACCAGCGCCAGAGGAAGAGACCAGCGAGCAAAAGGCUGACGCGGUCACCGAGGAGGAUGAGGAAGAAAAGGAGCCCGAGGUGGAGAGGAAGAAGCCGCGCGGCGGCAAGCGGCCCAAGAAGCAGCAGCAGGAGGACGAGGUCUCCUCCACGUCCGCGCCCGCCGAGCCCGAGCCCCAGGCCAAACGUGGGAGAGGCGAUGCUUCGGCGGGAAAGAGACGCAAGCCCGGCAAAAAGAAGGUGAACGGAGAUGAGACAAAAGACACAGCCAUGGAUGUUGACGAAACUGACAAACCACAGGAAGAAGAUAAAGAAGACAUGAACACAGAGGAAUCAGAGCCAGAAAAACCUGUCCAGGACAUCGAAAUGAAGGAGGAAUCCAAACCAGAGACCACGGAUACCUCCAGCCAAGGGACCACGGACAGCGACGCCAAGUCCCAGGAGACCGAGCCAAGCGAGCCAACUGAGGCCACCAACUUGAACGGAGACUCCGCGGAGACCAAAACUGAGCCGAUACCAACCAACACUCCUCUGACCACCACGGCGUGAUGGUAAGUCCCAGUAACCGUCUCACCGUUACACACACCAACUCGAGUUGGGCUAUUCGCUGUGUAGCGGUGACUUGUUAACUACAGCGAGAGUCGAAACGCUCCGUCCAUAGAGAAUUUAAUUAAAAAACGGGCGUUUCCAUUCUAGCACCGAGCGGUUACUCGGCUAAUGACGUAAUCCGGUUUUCGAACUACUUCGAAUGAAGUACUUAAGCAAAAUUACAAACAAUCCACAUUUAUAAUAAUAUGGUUAUUUCGUGUAUUUAUGUUACAGUAUUUAAGUUUAUCGGUUGUAGUUGUACGGAUUUAUUAGUAUAGUUUUGCAUAGUUGUCGAGUCAGCUAUGGUAUAGUGCCCGACUGAGUCAAUGCCUGAGGUAUUUGAGGGUAUUUUUGUGACUGUCAAACGUCAGUAAGACUUCAUAUCUUCAAAGGACAGUGCCAAUCCAUGUAUGGAAGUUGGACCAAAUGCUGCCCAGAAUGAAACUAUAGCGCAUUUCUCUGGCCAAUACUGAUUUGUAAACCAGAGCGCACUGAAAUCUAUCCUAGUUAAGAGAAAAAAAGAGUUUUGUUUUGAAUUAUUUACAUACAAAAUAUCAUC